GGAGGGAGGGAGGUUGUGGGAGGAGGACUUUUACAGCUUAGUCGGUGGAGGCCCACGUGGAAUUUGAGCCCAGGGGUGGAGUUUGGAGGCUUGGGAGGGGUGGCCGAGGCAUUCCAUGUGACGGAGGGCAGGGCUUGGGGAGGGGAGGCAGGCAGGGUCUGAGGACCUGCUCUAAGAGCCAUUGGAGGAAAGGGAAGAUCCUGCCUCGGGUUUCAGCGGGACUGGGCAGGGCGGGGCUCUUGGACUGGAAAGACCCACCCAGAGUGGGCUGGCUGGGACAGGGUGCCUUCGGAGCUGAGAUCGAGCUGCCUUCUUUUGGAGCUGUGUUUACUCUGAUUUCCCUUGGGGGUGAGAUCACUCUACCUUUUUCCUUUGGAGCUGAGAUCCCUCUGCCUUCCAUAAGCCAGCUCUGUGCGUGCAGGUCCAAGGUUGGGGUGUGUGCCCUGAGGGCAGGGACCUCACUCCCUGUAAAUCCCUGUAGGCCAGCCUCCUGGCAGGGAAGAGAAAGGAAAGACCUCUGCCCCUCUGGGAUCCUUCAGCCUCCCCAGCUCAGCCUGCAGAGGACCAAGGCCUGACCCAGCAGGGAGCCCGGAGCCAGAGGGAAUGGCCCCUGGGAGCCGAAGACCCCCAGCCCAGGAGUUGGUGACACUCAAGGAUGUGAUUGUGGACUUCACCCCGGAAGAGUGGGGCCUCUUGGACCGUUCUCAGAAAGAGCUGUACAAGGAGGUCACACUGGAGAAUGCCCAGAACUUGCUGUCUCUGAGACUUCCAGUUCCCAGGGAAGGUUUGAUCUCCCAUUUUGAGGAAGGGGAAACACCGUGGAUGCUAGAGCUAGAAGACCCCAGAACCUCCUGUCCAGAUGAAGAGGCCAGGCUUGAAAUAAGGAAGACUACUUCAGAGCUGAGCGUUUCUGUGGAAGAAUCACAACAGCAAAGAUUCAUGAAUGAUGAUCACUGUGAUAUCAAUGUGAGAGAAGUGUGUGACUCUCAUAUCAAGAUAAGGAAAAAACAAAAGAGUCACUCUGAAUUGGAUAAAGGUGGAAAGAGGUUCAGACAAUGUUCAGUCCUAAUUCACCAUAAGAAAGUGACCUUGGGGAAUGACUGUUCUCAGGAUAAUAAAUAUAGAGAAUGCUUUACGAAACAGACAGGGGUUGUUGAGUCUCAUAAGAAGCCUCUGGAAAUGCAAACUUAUCAAUGUAAUCACUGUGAGGUGGCCUUCAGCUUGAAUUCAGACCUAAUUAGGCAUCAGAAAAGUCAUACUAGAGAAAUGCUGCAUAUAUGUAAUGAAGGCAAAAAGGUCAUCAGUCAUAAUUCAAAGCUAACUGACCAUCAGAAAAUUCACAAUGAAAAGAAGUAUUAUGAAUGUAAUGAAUGUGGCAAAGCCUUUAAGCGACAGUCAUCCCUUAUCCGCCAUCAGAAAUUUCAUACUAGUGAAAAGCUACAUAAAUGUAUGCAAUGCAAACAGGCCUUCAGGCAGCAGUCAUCCCUUAUUUCCCAUCAAACAAUUCAUACUAGAGAGAAAUCUCAUGUGUGUUGUGAAUGUGGUAAAGCUUUCAGUGAAAACUCAUCCCUUAUUGUACAUCAGAGAAGCCACACUGGAAAGAAACAUUAUGCAUGUAAUCAAUGUGGAAAGACUUUCAGACAGAGCUCUAGUCUUGCUGCACAUCAGAGAAUCCACACUGGAGAGAGACCUUAUGAAUGUAAUCAGUGUGGAAAGACUUUCACACAGAGGGCCAGUCUUGCUGUACAUCAGAGAAUCCACACUGGAGAAAAACCUUACGAGUGUAAUCAAUGUGGAAAGUCUUUCAGAUGCAGCUCCAGUCUUGCUCAACAUGAGAGAAUCCACACUGGAGAAAAACCUUAUGAAUGUAAUAGAUGUGGAAGGGCUUUCAGUUGUAGAUCCAGUUUUGCUAAACAUCAGAGAAUCCACACUGGAGAGAAACCUUAUGAAUGUGAGGAAUGUAGAAAGACUUUUAGAUUCCACUCCAGUCUUGCUAAACAUCAGAGAAUCCACACUGGAGAAAAACCUUAUAAAUGUAUGCAAUGUGGAAAGACUUUUGGACAGAGCUUCAGUUUUGCUGAACAUCAGAGAAUCCACACUGGAGAGAAACCUUAUGAAUGCAGCCAAUGUGGAAAGACUUUCAGACAGAGGUCCAGUUUUGCCGAACAUCAGAAAAUCCACACUCGAGAGAAGCCUCAUGAAUCUCAUGAAGCUGGAAAGGCUUUCAGAUGCAGCUCCAGUCUUGCUGAACAUCAGACAAUCCACAAUGAAGAGAAACCUUAUGAAUGUAACAAAUGUGGAAAGACUUUCAGAUUUAACUCCAGACUUGCUGUACAUCAGAGAAUCCACACUAGAGAAAAACCUUAUGAAUGUAAUCAAUGUGGAAAGACUUUCAGAUGCAGCUCCAAUCUUGCUGAACAUCAGAGAAUACACACUGGAGAGAAACCUUAUGAAUGUAAUGAAUGUGGAAAGACUUUCAGAUUUAAGUCCAGACUUGUUCUACAUCAGAGAACCCACAAUGGAGAAAAGCCUUAUAAAUGUAUUGAAUGUGGAAAGAGUUUCAUAAGGAACUCCAGUCUUGCUAAUCAUCAGAGAAUCCACACUGGAGAGAAACCUUAUGAAUGUAAUCAAUGUGGAAAGACUUUCAGAUGCAGCUCCAAUCUUAUUGAACAUGAGAGAAUCCAUGGAGAGAAGCCUUAUUACUGUAAUCUAUGUGGAAAGACUUUCAGACGCAGCUCCAAUCUUGCUGAUCAUCAGAGAAUCCACACUGGAAAGAAACCUCGUGAAUACAAGUAAUGCCGUAAAGCCAUCUGGUAACAUUCAUCCCAUAUUUCCCAUCGGAGAAUUCAUACUAGAUUGAAAUCUUAUCAGUAUAAUGAAUGGGGAAAGGCAUUCAAGUGGAAUGUAGAGCUUGUUUAAUACCCGAAAAUUCAUUCUGGGGACAAACUCAAUAUGGGCUCAAUGUGGGAAGACCUUUAGUCAGAGAUCAUAUCUUACUUUACAUCAGAGGAUUCAUAGUAGAGAAAAACUAUGAAUGUGCUCAGUGGUGACAUGCAUAUUGCUAAAGAGGGUUGUCCUUAGACACCAGAAUAUUCACACUGAAAGGAAGCAUUACAGAAGCAAUGAUUGUGGGAAAGCCUUGACAUAAAGCUCAUACUUGACCACAUAUUGGAGAAAUGCUAUAGGUAAAGCUUAUGGAAUAAUUAACAAGGGAAGAUCUCUUGCUUCAGCACAGACCUAAUUACACAUCCCAGAUUUCAUAUUAUGAAAUCUAUAAUGAAAUUUUUUUUGAAAUACUAUUGUUUUUCAGUACUCCUCAGUAAUAUUCUACAGCAUUCAAGCACUGUAACUUCAUCAGCCAUUCUCCAGUUGAUCGAUACUUAACUUGUUUCCUGCUCUUUGUUGACACAAAAGAUUCUGGUAUAAAUAUUUCAGUAACUGUUGGACAUUUAUUUCUUUAGGCUGGUAGGUGGCAGACCUGAGUUCAAAUUCAGUCUCUGACAUUUUCUAGCCAUGUGACUCUGGGCAAUUGCGUCAGUUUUCCCC